CUUCUAGCCUGAAAAUGAAAUUUCUUCAGACUGCAAUCAUUUGUUGUGGAAUUAUAAGCUGAACCUAACUACAGACCCCAAAUUUGAAUCUGUGGCCAGAGAGGUUUGCAAAUCUACUAUAACAGAGAUUAAAGAAUGUGCUGAUGAACCGGUUGGAAAAGGUUACAUGGUUUCCUGCUUGGUGGAUCACCGAGGCAACAUCACUGAGUAUCAGUGUCACCAGUACAUUACUAAGAUGACGGCCAUCAUUUUUAGUGAUUACCGUUUAAUCUGUGGCUUCAUGGAUGACUGCAAAAAUGACAUCAACAUUCUGAAAUGUGGCAGUAUUCGGCUUGGAGAAAAGGAUGCACAUUCACAAGGUGAGGUGGUAUCAUGCUUGGAGAAAGGCCUGGUGAAAGAAGCAGAAGAAAGAGAACCCAAGAUUCAAGUUUCUGAACUCUGCAAGAAAGCCAUUCUCCGGGUGGCUGAGCUGUCAUCGGAUGACUUUCACUUAGACCGGCAUUUAUAUUUUGCUUGCCGAGAUGAUCGGGAGCGUUUUUGUGAAAAUACACAAGCUGGUGAGGGCAGAGUGUAUAAGUGCCUCUUUAACCAUAAAUUUGAAGAAUCCAUGAGUGAAAAGUGUCGAGAAGCACUUACAACCCGCCAAAAGCUGAUUGCCCAGGAUUAUAAAGUCAGUUAUUCAUUGGCCAAAUCCUGUAAAAGUGACUUGAAGAAAUACCGGUGCAAUGUGGAAAACCUUCCGCGAUCGCGUGAAGCCAGGCUCUCCUACUUGUUAAUGUGCCUGGAGUCAGCUGUACACAGAGGGCGACAAGUCAGCAGUGAGUGCCAGGGGGAGAUGUUGGAUUACCGACGCAUGUUGAUGGAAGACUUUUCUCUGAGCCCUGAGAUCAUCCUAAGCUGUCGGGGGGAGAUUGAACACCAUUGUUCUGGAUUACAUCGAAAAGGGCGGACCCUACACUGUUUGAUGAAAGUAGUUCGAGGGGAGAAGGGGAACCUUGGAAUGAACUGCCAGCAGGCGCUUCAAACACUGAUUCAGGAGACUGACCCUGGUGCAGAUUACCGCAUUGAUCGAGCUUUGAAUGAAGCUUGUGAAUCUGUAAUCCAGACAGCCUGCAAACAUAUAAGAUCUGGAGACCCGAUGAUCUUGUCGUGCCUGAUGGAACAUUUAUACACAGAGAAGAUGGUAGAAGACUGUGAACACCGUCUCUUAGAGCUGCAGUAUUUCAUCUCCCGGGAUUGGAAGCUGGACCCUGUCCUGUACCGCAAGUGCCAGGGAGACGCUUCUCGUCUUUGCCACACCCACGGUUGGAAUGAGACCAGUGAAUUUAUGCCUCAGGGAGCUGUGUUCUCUUGUUUAUACAGACACGCCUACCGCACUGAGGAACAGGGAAGGAGGCUCUCACGGGAGUGCCGAGCUGAAGUCCAAAGGAUCCUACACCAGCGUGCCAUGGAUGUCAAGCUGGAUCCUGCCCUCCAGGAUAAGUGCCUGAUUGAUCUGGGAAAAUGGUGCAGUGAGAAAACAGAGACUGGACAGGAGCUGGAGUGCCUCCAGGACCAUCUGGAUGACUUGGUGGUGGAGUGUAGAGAUAUAGUUGGCAACCUCACUGAGUUAGAAUCAGAGGUAAGUGGUAUGCAGCUUACUCAUUGGAGGAGAGUGGCUGCCAGCAUCCUGGCCUUUUGUGUUCGAUUCUACUGUUUCUAGACUCCUGAGAGUGCA